CUCACUGUCCGUUUUCUGACAAAGAGAUACAUAGGAGAGUAUGAUCACCAAACUGAAAAUAGGUACAAAAAUGAAGUAAUGGUGGACAAUGAACCUGUAAUAUUUGAAAUAAUUGAUACCUGCCCACGAACAGACACCGAUUUUCCAAAAGAGGAGACCUUACAAUGGGCAGAUGGUUUUAUGUUGGUAUAUUCCAUAAUUGACAGGGACAGCUUCACCUACCUCCGAGAAGUACGGCAGCUCAUUCAAAGCUCCAGGCCGGCGUCUCCGGGUGGGACUCAAAGACAAUCACCGUGCCCUAUAGUUGUUGUGGCGAAUAAAGCCGAUCUCAUACACCUAAGACAAGUCAGUACAGAAGAAGGGGAAAUUUUGGCUAAAGAUGGUGAGGCAGCAUUCCUUGAAGUCGCUGCAUCGGAGCAUGUGAGCCAAGUUGCUGAAGCCUUUUACGAACUCUGCAGGGAAGUCCAUACUUUUCGUCGAAGAUCCAAGCAAUCUCUUUUGGAUCGCAUCAAAUAUGGAGGGAAAAACAGCAACAAAACUGAUGGAAGCAAAAAGUAAAAGAAAGGUCGCUGUGGAAAAUAAUGGAAACACAUCAAUGAGAUGGUGCUAGUAGAUGCAUAAAAUGGCGUACUAUAGAUAAGCCAUAUUGCUGCAACAUUUGCGUGCAAAGUUUGGUCUUUUUAUACGUAAAUGUUGCAAAAUAAAAAAGAAUUAUUUGUUGCUCAAUUUAAGAGUAAAUUCCCAAAACAGAAGAAUUUUUUAAAUCGUUUUCUUUUUAUUUUUAGAUAUAUUUUUUCAUGCUCAUUUGGCAGCUGUUAAGCACUAGCAUUGAGUUAAUUUUAGCGCAUUUGAUUUAGUGCGAGUUACAAAAUGUAAAUAUUGCAUUUUAUUUAAGAGGAUAUUAGAUCUUUUUAUUUUUAAGUACUUAAUUUAUGUUUAAGAGAACUGCUGCAUGCGAGUUGUAAAGCAUAAAAAAUGCUAAUGAGAAAAGAUCUUAAUACGAAACUGAUUUUGAAUUACAAUUAAAAUUUGAGUAAACUGUAAUUUACAUACCGUAUUUACUCGAAAAUAACAACCCCUCUAAUAUAACACGGUCUUACUUAUUAUAAUAAAGCUUAAGCACUAAAAAUGUAGAUGAAUGUUUGAUGAGAGCAUGGUCCUGAAUAGAAUUAAUUUGUUUCGGCUUGAAACGAAAGGCCAUCUCCUAACCAGAUAUCCACAUACAAUAUACUGCAUUACGAUAUUUUGCAGUGGUAUAGAAGGAAAAAAACUGAGAAAAAUAACGGUACAUUAUUGUUUGUUUGUUUUCAGGCAUACCAAUGACCAGUUUAGUGGACGCAGGCUUAAACUGAAAUUGCUCAAUUGGGCGUGGUUAUUAAUUAUAAUUACCGUAGCUAUGCAGUUUAUAAUAUAUACAUAAUUACCUGUGUUCUUUAUUUAGCAUUUAAAGAGUGUAAUUUUCUGUGUAAAAUAUCACAAUUAAACUCCUUCCCUUUAUUCUAUAAUUUCAUUUACUAAAAUACCGAUUAAAAAAUCUACUACAUUUUCUAAUAAAAAUGUAACAAAGAAAAAAAAGAAUAAUAUUAUUUUCGAGUAAAUACGAUGUAAAUUUUGCUGAAACGUGACAGAUUAAAGUGUACUUAUAUUGCGCAUUAAGAGCCAAAGAAAAUCGUCAGGUAAGGUUACUCCUUUAAGUAAUUUUAUUGCAAGGAAUUCUCAUAAAUUUUCACAGUUUAACAUUAUUUGAAGGAAACAUUUUCAUAAAAUAUUUUUUAUUUUAGCUUUCUUUUGAAAUCAGAAGAAGGGAAUUAAAAGAAGCUAUUUUACCACCAUAGUAGAGAUCUUAUUUAUACACAUUGUAAGCUUCUCACUAGUGUAAAUAUCAGUUACUGUAGAAAGUGACAAAUCUUAAGAACUAGUUAGCUAAUAAUCGCUUAAGUUCGUGUGACAAGAAACAACAAGAUGGAAGGGUAACUAACCCUUUAUUAUUCCAAUAAGAUUUAAA